AUGUCCGAACCAAUUCCCGAGUCCAUACCCACGUCCGCGGACCCUCGCUCUCGCCGACCCAUCAAACGAGCUCGCGGCGCCAACACCCCCUUGUCGGCACAAGCAAAUGAAAUAGAAUCCCUGUUCCUCGACCCUAGCAGACCCGUGAGCCUCCCUCCGCCGUCAAGUGAAAAGAAGUCUUCGCUGCCUGCGCCGCCAGAGAUCGUCGCAAAUGUGCAGGGUUCCUCUGCCGGCGCCGGCUCGGGCGAAUUCCACGUCUACAAAGCCAGUCGGAGGCGAGAGUACGAGCGCUUGCGGACCAUGGAUGAGGAAGCCAAGAAGGAAGAGGAGAACGAGAGAUGGGCACGAGAGGAAGAAGAGAGGAGGAAGAGGGACGAGGAGAAGACCAAGAAGAAUCGCGAGAAGCGAAAUAGAAAGAAAGCGAAGAAGGGAGGUGCGAAAGAUAAAGACCAAGACCGAGCAACGGAGCCGGUUGCAACAAACGGCGGCUCAAAUGGCGAGACUAACAACGUCAAAAAGAGGCCUGGUGGCCUGGAAAUUCCGAGACGAGGUAGCCCCGGCGACGAACAGGGUAGUGAUUUCGGUGUUGCGGAGGUGGUCAAGGAAACCGGUAUCACGAUCCUUGAGGAUGACUGA